GGUUUAAACCUUAUCUUGCAUGAUCGUUCCGGGUGUUUUCAGACAAGAUGACAACCUAAGAGCACAUGUCUAACUUGAAGAUGGAUCUUUCGACAUAAUGCGUAAUUGAAGUGAAAUACCCUGUCGUCAAGCCUGUCGUAAAGCGGAGUGCCGUACUGCAGUCGGUGUUGUUGUGAGGAGCUGAAACAGCAGAAGGAUGUGGAUAUCACAAUUAAACACUUUGACUAUUUUAUUAGCUUUUGUAGGACGGUACCACACGUCAGCUCUUCAGGAUGUUACUGCGGACCUCUUCGGUGCCGAGAAUUACGGGACGGUGGCGGCGUUUGGGGAUUUUAACUCGGAUAAACAGACAGACAUCUUCAUGAUCAGAGAGCAGUCUGAACUGGUCAUAUUCCUGGCGGACUCGAAAAUACCCUACUUCAAGCCCAAAGUCCAAAACGUUAAAAACUCUUUGCCAAGGAACACCAUCAUCACCAGCGUGGUCCCUGGAGACUAUGAUGGAGACUCACAGAUGGAUGUUCUUCUCACAGCUCAGACCACCCCCCAAACAGCAACAUCUGUUUUCAUCUUUUGGGGGAACAACCAGACAUUAGAUAUGGAUUGGCUCAGACUGAACAAGACCUUCACAGAUCAACCCCUUGUGAUGGACUUCAAUGGGGACAUGAUCCCAGAUAUUUUUGGAGUCACAGACUCGGCACUUACUGAAGUCUGCUAUCUCACCAGCAGGGUUCAAGUGUGGCAGAAUGUGCUGACUUCACCUAUCAAAAUGCGAAACCUUCACUCUCAUGCUUUCAUUGACCUCAACAAGGACUUCACAGCUGAUUUAUUCCUAACAACUGAAGGCCCAGCAUUUGAGACCUGGCUCAGCAAGGACGGGAACUUCACCAAAUCUGAAAUCAUGCCAGCAAAGCCACCAUUUAACAAUGUUGGACAGUCCUCCUUUGUCGACUUCGAUGGUGAUGGCUAUCAGGACCACCUCCUCCCUGUGUGUUUGGAUGGAGACUGUAAGCGCAGUGCCAUCUACCUGGCCAAGUCAGGCUCACAAGAGUGGGUACCGAUACUGUCAGAUUUCCAGCAGAGGGAAACAGUUUGGAGCUUUGUGACAGGGAGCCCCCGCCAACCCCUGGCCCUGCACCUUGGGGACUACAACCUGGAUGGCUUCCCUGAUGCCCUGGUGGUCCUUCGCAACACCACUGGAAGUGUUCAGCAGGCCUUCCUGUUGGAGAACGUGCCCUGUAACAACGUCAGUUGCCAAAGUGUGGGAAGAAUGUUUCACAUCCACUGGGACCAAUCAGAUUUGGGAGCCAUCCAAAAUGCCAUAAUGGCAACAUUCUUUGACAUCUACGAGGACGGUAUAUUAGACAUGCUGGUUCUGAGCCAGACAACGGGCAAAAAUGACUUGGUCAUCCACGCUUUAAAGAACAAUUUUGAAGCUGACGCCUACUUCGUUAAAGUGAUGGUGCUCAGCGGCCUCUGCUCCAACCGCUGCCCAGAAGAUGUGAAGCCCUUUGGUGUUAACCAGCCAGGUCCCUAUGUCAUGUACACCACAAUGGACUCCAAAGGUUACCUGAAAAAUGCCUCAGCCGGUCAGUUGAGUCAGUCUGCUCACUUCUCCCUGCAGCUGCCCUACACAGUGCUGGGCCUUGGACGCAGCGCCAACUUCCUGGACCACCUUUUUGUCGGCAUCCCCCGGCGGCCUGGAGACACGGAGAUAAGGAUGAAGGAGUGGACGGCCAUCAUUCCCAACUCUCAGCUCAUCGUCAUCCCCUUCCCACACGACCAGCCCCACAGUUGGAGCGCUAAACUGUACCUGACUCCUAGCAACAGUGUGCUACUGACGGCCAUCGCACUGAUAGGAGUGUGCGUCUUCAUCCUCGUCAUUAUUGGCAUCCUGCAUUGGAAAGAGAAGAAAGCGGAUGACCGAGAGAAGAGACAGGAAGCCCACCGUUUCCAUUUUGAUGCCAUGUGAAGUGCGUCAUGGGAGAACAUCCUCUCCUGCACUACUCCGCCCAGCCACCACCCUCCUUCACACACACAGACACACACACACACACACACAAACACAAACACACACACACACACACACACACACACUAACACGCACACACACACACACGGAAACACACAUUUUCGCAUAGGCUUAUUUCAAGGGCCAAUAAAUUGUUCCUCAUUUGCAGCAAAACGUUUCUUUUUGAUAUUUUAAAGUCCUCGAGUCAGAUGUGAAAAAUAUAUGCUCCAUUUCAUUUAUUCAUUCCAGGGUUAGAAGUUCAGAGGCUUGAACAAGGCCAGGGAAACACAAGAGAAAUCCUAAUGGAGAGUGUAAAGCAGGACUAUUUGGACAAAAUGACAGAUUUCUGUUGAAUUGCCCAACAAGUUAUGAGCAAUGUUACUUGAAACCCAUGUGUGUGUUAUUGUCUAUUGUCUUUGUCCUGUUGAUUCGCCUCCGGUUUCCAUUUGACUGAGAUGUUGUUCAGGAACCCUUCAUUUUAUAACCUGGGAAAUGAAAGUGAAGGGAAUUCUGUGAUAUCGAUCUGAGCCUCGCAACUGCAGCAGCAACUGGGGCAAUGUGAACAAAAAUGGACGAGUGCUUUUUUUCUGCCACCAAUCUCAACAAAAAUGAAGAAUGGCCGUCAGGUUUGCUGAGAGGUUUGCUCAUCUUUCUCACUCUUGACUGUAUCACAGUGCAUCAUGGGAGUGCCAAAAAGGAGUUUCUGUAUAUCCUGCAAAUGUCUAAUGCUACUGCACCGAGGCUCAGCGAUGACUGUUCCUCCAGCUUGUUUCAUUCUGUUGUCAUCUGAAAGUUAAUCUGCUGUACAUUUGUAUUUAUUUUACAAGAAUGAGCUCUUGCCUUUCCAUGUGAUCUGCACUUUUUUUAACUACUGAUUAACAAUGGCUGUUUUUAAUUUAUUUUGUUUUGUGUAUUUUAUUUGCAGCUGAAUGUCUAAGCUACUAAAUGUGUUGACUUACUUUCGUUGAAAAUAAAGAUUUGUCCAGUUUCAAUCAA